UUUGAUGCGUUAAAUGUCAACCAACAGCUGACUGUCCGCAUAUCAUCAACGCCGUCUUGUUAGUGGAUUCGAAUUAUUGGUUGGGAAAUCUAGAAAUGCCGAAGGUAAGACGCAGCAAGAAACCUCCACCAGACGGCUGGGAGCUCAUAGAACCAACCUUGGACGAGCUGGAGCAAAAAAUGCGAGAAGCGGAAACCGAACCGCACGAGGGGAAACGGAUAAAUGAGUCACUCUGGCCGAUAUUCAAGAUACACCACCAGAAGUCGCGCUACAUCUACGACCUGUUCUACAGGCGGAAAGCCAUCAGUCGGGAGCUGUACGAGUACUGCGUCAAGGAGAAGAUCGCCGAUGCCAACCUCAUUGCAAAGUGGAAGAAGUCCGGCUACGAGAACCUGUGCUGCCUGCGCUGCAUUCAGACACGAGACACGAAUUUCGGCACCAACUGCAUUUGUCGAGUUCCCAAGUCGAAACUGGAGGAAGGACGAGUGGUCGAGUGCGUCCACUGCGGGUGUCGUGGAUGUUCCGGUUGAAAGUUGCUAAAUAAUUUGAUUUUGGACUUUUUUAUUUCAUUUUUAAGUAAAAUAUUUGUAUGUAGCAAUAAACCUUCUGAAUUUUAAACAAA